AUGCCAACCGAAUCAGACCGUCUUCGCAGUCGUUCCCCCAUCGGUUAUGGUGGCGGAAGCUCUCGCCGAUCUGUCUCCCCACCUAGACCCCGGGACGGCCCGGUCAGCCUCCGUGAUCGGCCCAUCGUCUCUGGCCCACCCGUCCGGCCUCGCCAUGCGCCUCAAGACGUCGAGCCCACCAACGUCCUCGGCGUCUUUGGACUCUCCAUCCGCACCCGCGAGGCUGACCUGGAGGCCGAGUUCAGUCGAUACGGCAAAGUCGAAAAAGUCGUUAUAGUCUAUGACCAACGAAGUGAUCGGUCCCGUGGCUUUGGGUUCGUGACAAUGAGAGAUGUCCAAGAUGCCUCGGCUUGCAUUUCAGAACUGAAUGGUUUGGAUCUUCACGGUCGACCCAUUCGAGUGGAUUACUCAGUCACCACCAAGCCACAUCAACCCACCCCAGGGCAGUAUAUGGGCAGCAAACGUGAAGAGGAUGAACGUGCUGGCUAUGAUCGUUGGGGUGGCCCACCGCACUCUGGCUAUGGUCGUGGCCCUCCAGCAUACCCAGCUCAUGGUGGCGGUUACCGUCGCGAUGACUACCGUCGAGAUGAUCCACACGGUGGCUACGCCCGCGGUCGUGAUGAGGGGCCUUACCGAAGCUACCGUGAUUUCGAUCGGCGGCCAUCUCCUCGGCGAUCAAGAUACGAUGAGAGUCCUGGCCGUGCCCCCCGUCGACGCCGCUCCCCCUCCAGAUCCCGUUCUCCAAUACCGCGUGGCCCUGCUCGCAGAGGUUCACCCAGGGAAUAUGACGAACCCCCGAAUGGAGUCAUCCCGAAUGGUAAUGGUCUCACCGUAGCUCCUCCGCCCCCACCACCUGUAGAAACCGCGAGGUGGUGA